AUGCCUCGCUCAAUUCUCAUCAUCAACGGCCCGAAUCUGAACCUCUUGGGAACACGGGAACCACACAUUUACGGCAGCACCACGCUUGCAGAUGUGGAAGCAGCAGCUCAACAGCAGGCGGCCCAGCUCUCGGUCAAGGUUGCCACUUUUCAAUCCAACCACGAGGGUGCCAUCAUUGACCGAAUCCAAGAGGCCCGAGGCAAUGUGGAUGCCAUCAUAAUCAACCCAGGCGGCUUCACCCACACAAGCGUGGCUAUCAGAGAUGCAUUACUGGGAGUCGAGAUACCAUUUGUGGAACUGCAUGUCUCGAAUGUGCAUGCGAGAGAAAGCUUCAGACAUCACAGCUACUUUACGGACAAAGCCGUGGCCAUGAUUUGCGGUCUUGGCGUAUUUGGAUAUCAGGCUGCCCUCGAGUUUGCAGCCAAACAUAUGAAGAUCAAGGAGAGGGCAUGA